UCAUGCCAACGAAAACUCCCUUUUCUUUUAGGAACAAGAGAGAGCAGUAUUUUUUUUUCUUUUCAAUUUGUCUUCUUUUAGGACCCAACUUUUCUUGUCCAGAAAUUUUAGGACAUAAACUCCUCAAUCCUGAAAUUUGAGUUCUUCUCAAAGAUUGACAGCUCAAUGAAACCAAGUUGGAAACGAAUCAAAGACUACCUUCGGAGGUCUAUAUAAGGACUCAUUGCGAUGCAUUAUAUUUACACCAACUCUUCGAGUCUUUCCUUAUUAUCUUUGUGACAGAACUUUCCUGGCAGCUUGGAGAACUUGCAAGAGAAAAUCUAUAACUUGUUGUAGGAGCACCUGAAUCUUAAACGGUUUGUGGAGCUGGAACGCAGACUCGCGGAGCCUCGACAUAUCCGAAAAUCACGAUCACAUAGCUUGUAGAUUUGUUCAGGGAUACCGAAAUCAUGAACGGUUUGCGGCACUGGAAAGUAGACUCGUGGAGCUUCGACAUAUCUGAAAAUCACGACCAUAAAGCUAAUAGAUUUAUCCAGCGUAUACAACCUUGACUUCCGGCAAUCAAGAUGCAAUUUCAUGACCAUAAUAAGCCGCACCCUCAUCUUGAAAUCACGAGCGAUGAGCAAAAUCAGUCCGAUAAGGUUCUCUCUUUGGCAGUUCAUCCUCCAGUGAUCGGUUCCUUCCCUCUUGUUAGAAAGCUGCCUACCGCAUCUCUUCAUCUUACAGAAUGGUGGACAAGGGAGGCCAAAUAUGUUAUGGGCAAAUUUUCGGGCGAGGUCACUAAUAUAAAGGUCCCUAUUUUGAGGUCCACAAUUCAUCGGGAAGUCGCGCCGUCUAAAUUUUCUCAUCGUGAUGGAUGCUUCCACACUUGGAAUGUCUCCCCUUCUGGCUUUGGCAACGUUCUCUACACACCCGGCUACUGGGAGUGGGUAGAAGAUGUUCUCCCCCGCCACAAAAAUUUUUUGGAAGAUCUGAAGGUCUACGAUGCCAUAUAUGCUUCAUUGUUUACGUAUGAUUAUAACGACAACGUGCUUCAGGCCUUUUGUGAGCUUUGGCGUCCUUCCAUCAACACACUUGCUACCUUCAUUGGAGAAUUAUCUAUAUCUUUAUGGGACCUGCGAACCAUUGGAGUCCUUCCCGUGCAUGGGUCCUUUUAUGACGAAGUAGUUCCUUCGGCGAAGGAGUUGACAUAAAUGGACCAUCAAGCGAAGCCAUUCCUCCCAGAAAGCUGCUUAUACUUGUUUUCAGCGUUCCACAGACUUGCAAAAGGGGAAUUUCAUGAGGUCUUCGUCUGUGAUUGGGUGGGGUUCUAGUUUAGAGGGCCGAGCAGGUAUGCUAAGCCUCUGCAAAAGACGUCGAAGGUGCGGACCACCAAGCCGAGGCAGAAUCAUAAUCCUUCGGGACGUAUAGACAAAACCUUCUUACCACGAAUAGACGAGGAGAAUGCCCCCUUUAUCGAGAUAGAUGUGGAGGAGUCUCUUAUAAAUGAGACUAACUUGGCGGCUUUCCUUGCAUGUUGGCUCUGUAAGUUUGUGCUUCCAAAUAAGAAGGGUGACCACGUUCGUGCUAGUGUUUUCAAAGUUGCAAGCUUAAUGGCUCAUGGAGUAAAAUUCUCUUUAGUUGUCCCGGUCCUUGCUAGCAUAUAUCGUGGCUUGAAGGAGAUCUCCACUUCCAAUGACCUGAUUGCAAGUGAUGUAAUUUUUCCCAUACACUAUGUGUAUGGCUGGAUGGUAGAGUAUUUUGAGACCUACCACCGUGCUAAUCACACGCACCGAAGUUUACCCUUAUGCAAAAUUUCAUGCGAGAAAAUGGCUAAAUAUUUCAACCUUUCUGAUGCUCGAAGGUUGUUCCAACGUGAUGAUGCCCGUCAACUCCACCAUUUGGCAUUGUUGCGUGGCAAAGAGUUACACUUUACAGACAAUGGCAAACUUUCAGAUUCGUUCAGCGAAUUUUUUAUAUCUCUUCGCUCUAGCUAUCUCACCCUUAGGCAUGAUGAUACUUUUAUCGUGGAGUCCUACAGCCCUCACAGGUUUAGUAGGCAAUUUGGUUUUUGCCAAGACAUCCCUGGAGAUCUUAUGGAGCAGCCCUAUGAUGGUACGUUGCAGGCACUAGUGCAACUUUGGGAUUCAUCCACACGUCUUGGAACCUUCUCAAAAUUCAUUGUUCCAGUACAUCCGAUAAACGAUGUGCCUUUAGUGACUCGUGAGUACAUAGACUGGUGGCCAAUACAUCGACUAGAUCCUUCAAAAAAGAGCCCUCAUAUUGUUUCGACAAGUCCAAGGCAAGAUCAAGUGCAUGUGCGAUCCAAAGGGGUCCCGAGUCGACUGAAAGUAAAGCUAACUUCUCCUUCUUCCAAGCCUAAGACGAAGUCAAAUGAUCUUCCGCAAGCAGCCCAGACCCUUUCCACGUCCAAAGUCGUGAAGGAUGUGGAUGCACCGGUGAAAAAGAAAGUUAGGCGACUUUCAUUGGCCUUGAAGACAAUUACUACUACCCCCAAGGUAUCCAGCGACUCUUGCAAAAGGAAGAAGCACCUAGUUUCGUCAAACCAGGGCAGUGAUAGAGAGACCAGCCUUGUGCCACUUUGUGAAGAGAAAAAUCAUCUUCCAGUCCAAUAGAGAGUGAAUCCAGCGAAGACCACCAUUGGAACCGUCCGAACAAGAAGGCGAAGGAGUUGGGUGACGACUGUUGCGGUACUGCUAUCUUAGAUACCAUCAUUAUUGAGGAUGAUGCCUUUGUGGAUGAGGAUACGGGCUUAACAAUGCAUUCCCUGAAUUACCAGAACAAUCAGAUCUUCAAGAAUUAUGAAAUGAUGAGCUUAGGGGUGACAUUAUUGAGGAUUGCUUUGCCGACAUAGAUGAUCUUGGUAUGACUGCAAAGAGCUCCCACAAGUCACCAAAUGGUUCUAAGGAUCAUGGUAUGGGUGGAGCUUCUUCAGUGGAGUUAAUUCCACCUAGAAAGCCAUAUUCUUCUUCUCCGGUUCAUAGAAAGUUUAUCCAACCAGCUGUGAUGAGUGAAGGUGCGGCUGCUACAACUGAGGUCAUGCACCCGAAAUCGUUCAGGCCUUCCUUAUGGCCAUUGCAGCCUGGUGCUUCAAGCAAAGAGCUGCAUGAGACUAUUUGUCGUGCCAAAUCGACUUUUGUUUCUGUGAUGUGGCGUGGAUUGUGCGAGUGGAUCAAGGAGUUCUCUGUAGAUUCCACGGACAGCUUUAUGAAGUUGGAGGAAAGUAUUAGUUUGACUCUUACGGAAAUACAAAGAGAGAAUAUCAUUGAUAUUUCUACUUUGGAGGAUCCAGUUGAAGCUUUCUUCAAGACUUAUACAGAGUAUGAUGCUUUAAGAUCGUCCAAGAUGAGUAAAUAAUUACACCAAGAUUCACUCUCUAACGCACAACAACGCCUCGAUGAUGUGAAGUUGGAAUAUGGGAAGGCAAAUGAGUCCGCUGAAAGACUUCAAGUGGCUCUUGCGAGUGUCGAGACACAAUUAGCAGCCCUGACCUCUAAAAAGAAUAAGAUCACCGUGCUCCUGAAUAAACAAUAAGAGAAGCUGUCCAAAAGUCAACAGAAAAUCACCGUUACCGAAGGCGAGAUUUAUACCAUUGAGGCGAACGUUCCGUUGUCGGAUGAUGAAGCAGAGAAAUUGUCCCUCUUGAAAGAUGCAGUUAAAAUGAGUCUCCAGAAAAUCCUUAGCUUCAAACCUUUUCCAUAGCUUUAGAUUUUUUUAUUUAUUUUUAUUUAGGGCCCCCUGCCUCUUUCCCUUUUUUUUUAGACGGAUAUCAUGUAUUGAUAUUUCUUUUCUUAGCGCAAUAAAAGUACUUUCUUUUUUA